UUAAAAAAUUAAAUUUAUGUUUGCUGCGCGCCCAAAAGAAAAUAAAUAAAUAAAUGAGAAACGCCAAAGUGAAUAAUUUUCGUGAAAAUUCAAAUGUGUAAAAUGUGCAGAUCCAAAGAUCAAAAAUAAAUGAAAUCAAGUUAAAUAUUAUUUUCGCCACGCUAAAACAAAAAAAAAAAAAAAAAAAAAAUACUCUGCCAAAAGUGCAUAAGAAAAUAAAAGAGAAAUUCUGAUUAAGAAAAUUGGCGACUUUCUUCUGCAUUGUGCGUUGAGUAUCCGCAGUGAGGAGCGUGCAAAGUGUAUUCCAGCGGUUAUUCCACGUGUUCCGAUCCGGCCGCCAAAAUUAUUACGCACAAUUCGCUGAGCGUGUACGGUGGCGGCGUCAUGUGCGCCUCACCGUCCACCGCUCCCGGCUUCUUCAAUCCCCGCCCGCAGUCCGGCGCCGAGCUGUCCGCCUUCGAUCUGGGACUCUCGCGCUCGAUGGGACUGGGCGUGCCGCCACACAGCGCCUGGCACGAUCCCAAUCUCGGCGGCCAUCUGCAUGCCUCCGCCGGUCCCGGCUCGCUGGCCGGCGCUAGCAGCGCUGGCGGUGGCGGCGGCGGCGGCACCACUCCCAGCAGCGUGGCCAGCCAACAGUCGGCGGGCAUUAAACAGGAUCUAUCCGGGCUGUCCGCCUCGGCAGCGAGUCUGAACCAAAGCGCACAUCAUGUCAUCAAGGAAGAUCUAUCCAGCCUGUCCAGCGCCAAUGGCGGCAGCUCAUCCGCACAUCAUACAAGCGGCGCACAGAGUGGUCAUGGGCAGGAUUUGGUGCCCAUGAUCAAGGGCUCACAGUCAGCCAGCUGCCAAAACAGCGGCGGAGGAGGCGGCGGCGGCGGCAGCACAACGCCCAGUUCCCAAGCCAACAGUUCACACUCGCAGAGCAGCAACAGUGGCUCACAGAUUGAUUCCAAGCAGAACAUCGAGUGCGUUGUCUGCGGCGACAAGAGCUCCGGCAAGCACUACGGACAGUUUACCUGCGAAGGUUGCAAAUCGUUCUUCAAGCGCUCGGUUCGACGCAAUUUAACUUACUCGUGUCGCGGCAGCCGCAACUGCCCCAUCGAUCAGCAUCAUCGCAAUCAAUGUCAAUAUUGCCGCUUGAAAAAGUGUCUCAAAAUGGGCAUGAGACGCGAAGCUGUUCAACGCGGCCGCGUGCCACCCACACAGCCCGGCCUGGCCGGCAUGCAUGGCCAAUAUCAGCUGGCUAAUGGUGAUCCCAUGGGCGUGGCCAGCUUCAAUGGGCACUCGUACCUCAGUUCCUACAUCUCGCUGCUGCUGCGCGCCGAGCCGUACCCAACCUCGCGCUACGGCCAAUGCCUGCAGCCGAACAACAUCAUGGGCAUCGACAACAUCUGCGAGCUGGCCGCGCGGCUGCUCUUCUCCGCCGUGGAGUGGGCCAAGAACAUACCCUUCUUCCCCGAGCUGCAGGUGACCGACCAGGUGGCGCUGCUGCGUCUCGUCUGGUCGGAGCUCUUCGUGCUGAAUGCCAGCCAAUGCUCAAUGCCGCUGCAUGUGGCGCCGCUGCUCGCCGCCGCGGGUCUGCAUGCCUCGCCCAUGGCAGCGGAUCGCGUGGUGGCCUUCAUGGAUCACAUACGCAUCUUCCAGGAGCAGGUGGAGAAGCUGAAGGCGCUGCAUGUCGACUCCGCGGAGUACUCCUGCCUCAAAGCAAUUGUGCUCUUCACCACCGGUAAGUUGCUGGACAUUCUGUACAAGGAUGUGCCGGCGCUGCUAACCAAAGUGUCGGCGUUGCUGGCCAAGCGCCAAGCUGUAACGGGGGAAGCUGCUGCUGGCGUCGCCUCUUGCUCCAACGACGAUGUGCUCAAUGUGGUGCGUGAGCAUCUCGACGAGCUGAAUCGCUUGGAGUACGAGUCGCAGCUGCAGCAGGCGCCGCUGCAUUUGGCAGCGUUUAUGAAAAGCGUUGCGGUUGAAGCUGCAGUGCAGCAGGCAGAGCAGCAGCAGCAACAGCAGCAGCAGCAGCAAAGCGACUGCAAGCCGCAAGCAGCAGCAGCAACUGCUGCUGUUGCUGUUGUGCCCUCUGCCAGCAGCGCGUUCAGCAGCUGCGCCAAGUCCAGCGCCGAAGUCGAUCUGUUGACUGCGCUCUAUGCCAGCAGCAGCUCGAAUGCUGCCAAGGCAGAGUCCAGCGGCAGCGGCUCCAGCAGCCACAACAACAGCAGUGGUUUGGGUGCUUCACUGCCCACGCAAUCCUGCAACGGUUCAUCCGCACUCUAUGCCAGUCACUCGCCCGCUGCCUCCGUAUCCAUGUCCACUGCCUCAACUGUCGCAACAACAACGAGCAGUUCGCUCGCUGGAGCAUAUCAAACGCCGGCUGCAGCGGCCGCCAUGUUCUAUCAGACGCCGCCGCGUGCUGCCUUCGGCUCGGCCUUCGAUAUGUUCCACCACAGCACGCCGUUCGGCAUGGGUCAUGCGGCGGCAGCGGCGGCAGUGGCUGCGCACACGGGCAGCGCGGGCAGCGCCGCUGCUGGCUUCGGUAGUCCCAGCAGCUAUAGAUACUCGCCAUACAGUAGAUGGCAGUUGUAGUCGCUCUCGCUUAGGCUAUAACUGUAAAUGUAACCAGUGUAUUUUGUAAUCUAUGUAAUUAAUUACACCCAACCCCAAUGUCUUAGCUUAGCUUAGCGCCUAAUCUUACGUAUUUAUUGCCUUACACUAAGUCUAUUUAUUUUAGCUCUAGCUCUAGCUCUAGCCUUAGCCGUUAGUAUCGAUACCCAAGUACUUG